AUAAAUACCAUCACGGCGAUAGAUUAAAAUAACAGAUUUGCUUUUACUCUAUGCAUUAUAAGCGUAUAAAUACGCUGUGUUUAUCUUCAAGCUGCGCGAGGAAGGGAUGCGCUAAAACAACGGCUCCUUUGAUUUGGCCGGCGUCAGGUAUGUUGUUCAGGAUGGUAAAACUCCGACUACUCAACAUGAUUGCACCUGCAUACUUCUACACUGCCACUGUGGUCACAUUUGCCCUCUACUUCCUCCUGUUCAUGCCCACUAUUUUCCCAACUCCAGGUGUGACGUUAAGUCCCACCAUGCUGGUCCACAUUGCCGUCUUUCUGUUCCUCAUGGGGAAUGCUCUGGGAAAUUACAUUAUGACUAUAUGGUACCCAUCUGAGAGUGCCAAUGAGACAGUUAUUCCGGUCUGUUCACCCGAUUGCCCAGACAGAAUAGACGCACACUACCUCUUGAAUGGACGGCACUUCUGUAAAGUGUGUAAGAAGGUGAUUCUAAAACGGGACCACCAUUGCUUUUUCACAGGAAAUUGUAUCGGGAAUAGGAACAUGCGUUACUUUAUUAUGUUCAGCAUCUAUACGUCCUGUUGUUGUCUGUACUCCUUGGUAAUUGGGGUGGCUUAUCUCACAGUGGAGUACUCUAUUUCCUUUGAGAACCCAUUGACAUUCCUCACACUUUUGCCCCUGUCCACAGGCUACUUCUUCGUUGGUUUGAUUUCAGGUCCUCAGUUCUUUCUGGUUAUAAUGCUGUACGUCUGGCUGGGUAUAGGGCUGGUGAGUGCUGGCUUCUGCUGCCAACAGCUUCUACUAGUGGCCCGAGGGCAGACCUGGUGUGAGCUGCAAAAAGGGCAAUUUUCAGAGUGCCGUGGUACCUGGCGGGCCAACAUGAGUGACGUUUUUGGUUCCCGAUGGGUUCUGGGCCUUUUCCUGCCAGUACAGACUGUUGAGACCAUACCUGGCAAAUGGCAGGUCUACCAUGACCACAAACAUGACUGAAGUUGGACUUAAGCCAUAUCAUUGUGUUCAUCAUAAUUUGACCUGUAUGGACCAGUUAUUAUGUGUGAUAAGGGGUUCAGUUUAUUAGAGUUGUAUAAGCCCAUGCAACUGAUCUACCUUUUUAGUGGAUUUCUGUCAUCACUACACAUAUUAGGAGAGUGUUAUGUAAAGAUGUGGUACUAGCAUAUCAAUGUCUAUCAGCACUGUGCUGAAACUCAAUUUAAGCCCUGGUUCUGUGCAGCAGUGAUUAACCAUGGUAACAUCAGAAAAGGAGGCCAGCUUUAAAGGGUGGAUGAGUUCAAACAGUAUCUACAACGCACACUAAGUAAUCGACACACUAUUACACAAGUGGGCUGCUAAAUGUGGGUGACUCUUGCUUUAGUUUAAUUUAUUUUCAUUUAGUUUAGUUUAACUUAAAGGAAUGUUCCUUGGUAAAUACAAGUUAAGAUCAAUCGACAACAUUUGUAAUGUUGAUUACCACAAAAAAAAAAAAAAAAAGAAA